AUGAGUAGCACACUAGGGGUUGAUGAACUCCACAAAUUACCUUCAGAAUUGAUGUACGCUAAUUUCUAUAGGAAUGUUGAUAAUUGUAAAGAAUACCCCUUUUAUGAAAAAGCAAAGUCUAGUAUAGAAAAGGAAGAGUGGGAACAAAAUGUUUCAAGCAAAAUACUUAAUGCCUUAUGUUAUGUAUAUAAUGAAAGUAUAAAUAAAAAAAUUGAUGAAUCUACUUGUAAUUACCUAUACUAUUGGUUAAAUGAUACAAUAUAUACUAAUAUAAAAUUUCAGUUACAUUCAACACUUGUAAUACAAGUACUUAAUUUUUUACUACAAAGUAUUGAUGGUCAGAAUAUAUGUAAGUAUGAUCAAUAUAAUAUCAAUAAGGAAAAUUAUAAAGAUAUUAAGAUUUUAUUUGAUUUUUCGAAGGAUUAUGAUAUGCUUAAAAAAUAUUUUAGUAAUGAUUAUAAGUUUUGUAAUAAGGAUUUUCAGGAUUAUUUAUAUAGAUAUAUCAGAAAAUAUAACGAGUUCAAAGACAUAUGUAAUAAACCAAACAGUAGGAAAGAGAUUUGUAGUGCUUUUUAUAAUUAUUUUAAUCGUAGGACUGAAGAAAACUUAUCUCAAUGGAAAUGCACCUUAAAAAGAAGUAAUCCUAAUUAUGCAACCCAAAAAGAAGAACAUGCAAGAGUAACACAGCCAAAUGUACAAGGAUUAAACAUAGUACAGACACAUGCAGUUGUAAAUGCAGAUAAUAACGGAAACAAGGAACAUGAAUAUGUAAAUCAAUAUGCAAAUAUGAAUGAAGAUGUACAUGAUUUAAAUCAUAAACAAUCGGAAUAUUUUUCUUUCACAAAGGAAAGUCAAGAAUUGAGUGCCGUUAUUGACGUUUCAGGUAAUCCUUCAGGUUCAACCUCAAAAAGUAUGGCAAUUCCUCCUUUAGCUAUAGGAAUUUCGAUUUUUUCUAUUAUAUUGUGCAAAUUUACUCCAGUUGGAUAUUGGUUAAAAAAAGCAUUACUGGGAAAAUCAAAAAGGAAACGUAAUAUAAUAAUUGAGAGAAAUAAAAUAGAAGAUUUUUCGAUCACUGAAGAUUUAGAUUCACAAAGAAGAUUUAAUAUAAGUUACAGUAAUAGAUAUUAG